AUGAUAUGGAACAUGAGUUGUAUUGCUGUAGCCGCAAAGCCACACCCGUUUCAUAGUGGUGUACUGUAUGUAAAGUCACUCAUCUUCUCAGGUCACAGUGCAGUGGACAUCACCAAGGUGGCCCGGAGGCACCGCAUGUCCCCCUUCCCCCUAACCUCGAUGGACAAGGCCUUCAUCACUGUGCUGGAGAUGACAGCCGUCCUGGGCACUGAGAUCAUCAACUACAGAGAUGGUAUGGGUCGAGUCCUGGCUCAGGACGUUUAUGCCAAAGACAACCUACCACCCUUCCCUGCUUCAGUCAAGGAUGGAUAUGCUGUGAGAGGCAAGUACCAUAUGUCCAUUAGAUCGGCCGAUGGUCCAGGUGACCGCUUCAUCAUUGGAGAGUCACAAGCUGGAGAGCAGCCCACCCACACAGUGAUGCCUGGCCAGGUGAUGAGGGUGACGACAGGUGCACCAAUACCCUGUGGGGCAGACGCUGUAGUCCAAGUGGAAGAUACUGAGCUCCUCCGCGAGUCUGAAGAUGGCACAGAGGAGCUAGAGGUUCGCAUUUUAGUGCAAGCUCGUCCGGGACAGGACAUAAGGCCUAUUGGUCAUGACAUCAAACGUGGGGAGUGCGUGCUGGCCAAGGGAACCCAUAUGGGCCCGUCUGAAAUUGGCCUUCUUGCCACUGUUGGAGUCACAGAGGUGGAAGUCCAGAAAUUCCCUGUGGUGGCUGUCAUGUCCACAGGAAAUGAGCUGCUGAAUCCAGAGGAUGACCUCCAUCCAGGGAAGAUUAGGGACAGCAAUCGCUCUACUCUCCUUGCCACUAUACAGGAACAUGGCUACCCCACAAUCAAUCUGGGCAUUGUGGGAGACAACCCCGAUGACCUUCUUAAUGCUCUGAAUGAAGGCAUUAGCCGUGCUGAUGUCAUCAUCACCUCAGGAGGAGUGUCCAUGGGAGAGAAGGACUACCUUAAGCAGGUGCUGGAUAUUGAUCUUCAUGCUCAGAUCCAUUUUGGUCGUGUUUUCAUGAAACCAGGUCUACCAACAACAUUUGCCACCUUGGACAUGGAUGGUGCUCGCAAACUAAUCUUUGCCCUCCCAGGUAGAAACCCCGUGUCCGCUGUUGUCACCUGUAAUCUUUUUGUAAUCCCUGCCUUGAGGAAGAUGCAGGGCAUUUUGGACCCCAGGCCCACCAUUAUCAAAGCAAGGUUGUCUUGUGAUGUGAAGUUGGACCCGCGCCCUGAAUACCACCGCUGCAUUUUGACAUGGCAUCACCAGGAGCCUCUUCCGUGGGCACAGAGCACAGGGAACCAGGUGAGCAGCAGACUGAUGAGUAUGCGCAGUGCGAAUGGGCUCCUGAUGCUACCUCCAAAAACAGAGCAAUACGUGGAGCUGCACAAGGGCGAGGUUGUUGACGUCAUGGUCAUCGGUCGGCUAUGA